UUUUUUGCGUCAAUUCUUUGAUUCAUUUCCUAGGUUUAUACUGCAUACACUAUCAUAAAAUUUGCAUGAAAAUGAGUGGAGAACCAAACAUAAAUCAGCGAGAGGUCGAUACAAACACCUACCUCCAGCGGCAUCGAAUACUUGAUCUUUUUAACAACAUGACAUCACUGCUAAUUUACAACAAACCAGAAGAACCAAGAGAAUUUUUAAUUGAACAGCUUGAGAAAUUGAAAGUAGCUCAACAAAGUGGAAUGUAUUAUCCUUGCUUGUUCGAUGAAUCGAAUCUUCAUGCUAUUUUUGGUAUGCUUGAUCCAACAAAGAGAGGAUUUAUAUCAAAAGACCAGUACUGUGAAGCUCUGAAAACAAUCGGUGUAAAGGACUUUGAAUUGCUACCAACUGGUGCAGAAAUUGAUAAGAUUACAAUAGAUACAUUUUUACGAGAAGCAAAGAAAGGACUGGCAAAAUAUUCUGCCACUUUCAAAGUUUAAACACACACUAAAAUUUAUAUAUUGUUUCAUUAUAUUCAAUUGUUUAUGUACACUAGAUAUAUAGCGUAUUGACAUAAAUUUCGGUCAAAAAUGAGAUCUAAUAUGUGUAGUUUUUUUAAGUACUAUAUUUCAACCAAUGCUUCUCAAGAAACAAACUAAGUUACAACUUAAAUUAGAAUUAUCUUUCCUUUCGCAACUUGUGAAAAAUCAUAAUAAAGUUGUAUUUUUCUAAAAUUUCCUCAAAGUACCAAGAUGACUAGUUGUAUGAAAGGCAGAUGCAUAUAUUCUAGAUAACUGAUCCUGUACUGACAAAUAUGUUGAAUAAAAACGAAUGAUGGUUUGGUACAAAUUGUAUACAGUAUGUUUUCUCUGAUUAAUGGAGCUUGCAUAUACAAUUCAUUGAAUUAUUUCUCCUACUGCUAUAAUGCUUUACUAUUCCCAGACAGCAAAUUUGCGCAAACUCACCAGUCCUUCAGCUCUGUUGAAUUCACCCAGACAAAAAAAACUCUACAAUGCUAUUUCAGCUGAGCUCAAUUAA